UAUAGAUUGGUGCUUACAAAUUUGUGUAAAUGAUUUUUUAAUUUGUGAGACUGAUUUGGACAAUAGAAUUCUGACUGCGGUUUUUCCAUCUUAGAUUCUCACGUAAAUCUGGUGUUCCUUGUCUGUAUGUGUGUUCAUUUCCCUAAUACUAUUACUGCCUUGUUUGGACUAUUAUUGUUCUCUUCAUACCAGAAAAGCUCAGUUGGAAAAAUUCCAGAUGCUGCAGUUCGGAACAGGGAUUUCCUCGUACCGAUGCUUCUUGAGGCGAGGUACAUUGAGAUGUUUUCAGGGGAGUGCCCGAUGCAAAUGUCAAAGGACUUCCAAAUUGAGAUUUGGAAACUGAAAUCUUCCACCCUGGCAAUUUUGGAGUUUGUCCAAGACACAGAUACCACCAUUGAGAAGCCAAGUAUGAUGUAUGAUCCAUACAAAUAAACAAAAGGUUUCAGAAUGAAUACCAUCACACAUUUUUCACGCUUUUAUCAUAAAAUGGGAUCCAUUACCCAUCUCGCAACAUUCUGUAGGGAGAGUCGAUUUAGGGAGAAAUUAUUCAUUCUGCUUUCUACACACAAUUGCUGUGCAUGCUCUUCUGCAUGUCUUCAACAUCUUCACACCUGCAUUGCGAAGAAUACGCUUUCAGAAGCUUACCAAAGACAGGGGUAUCCUCACGAGGCUUUGGCACUGCUUCACGAAAUGCAGCAAACAGAUGUCCAACCGGAUCACUUCACCUUUGCCACCGUCCUCCCAGCAUGUACUAAAAUGGGGGCUGUAAAAGAGGGCAUGAAUAUUCAUCAAAGCAUAAUCGAAGGCGGGUUUUUGUCAGAUGCUGUUGUUGCAAAUGCUCUGAUGGAUAUGUAUACAAAAUGUGGAAGUAUAGCAAAGGCACGAGAACUAUUUAACAAAAUGCCUCAAAAAAAUAUGGUGUCUUGGAAUACGAUUCUUGCAGGAUAUGCACAAAGUGGUGAUCUUGAUGAGGCUACAAGAGUUUUCAAAGAAAUGCCGCGACGAGAUACUGUCUCAUGGACUUCAAUGAUUGCGGCAUAUGCACACAAUGGCCUUGCUGAAAACGCCCUGAAUACUUUUAAGCAAAUGCAGUUGGCAGGCGUAAAGACAGACUCCACAACCUUCGUUAGCAUCCUUCCAGCCUCUGCUAAAAUUGGAGAUUUUGAACAGGGUAUGAACAUUCAUCAAAGGAUAAUUGAAAGUGGAUUUUCGUCAGAAGUUGUGGUUGCCAGUGCCCUGAUAGAUAUGUAUGCAAAAUGUGGAAGUAUACGCAGGGCACGGGAGAUGUUUGAAAAGAUGCCUCAAAGGAAUCUAUUCUCAUGGACUGCGAUGAUUGCAGGUUAUGCACAAAAUGGGAUUUUUGAAGAGGCUUUGGAGACAUUUAUCCAAAUGAAAAUGGCAGGUCUAAAGCCAGAUUCGACUACCUUUUCUAGCGUCCUCCCAGCUUGUGCCAAAAUGGGAGCUUUGAAACAGGGUAUGGACAUCCAUCGAAACAUAAUCCAAAGUGGACUGCUUUCAGACGUUUUAGUUGCAAGUGCCCUGGUAGACAUGUAUGCAAAAUGUGGGAGCAUACACAAGGCACGUCAUUUGUUUAACGAAGUGUCUAAACAAGAUACUGUCUUAUGGAAUGCAAUGAUUUCAGGAUAUGCAAUGCAUGGCUAUGGGAAAGAUGCUCUCAAACUCUUUGAACUAAUGAAGCAAGCUGGAAUAUACCCCGACCAUGUAACCUUUGUUGGUAUUUUAUUUGCAACUAGCCAUGCAGGUCUUGUGGAUAAGGGUUGUAAAUACUUCAAUGACAUGAGUGAUCCUUAUUGCAUUAUGCCUACAAUGGAUCAUUAUGUAUGCAUGGUUGACCUUAUAGGCCGUGCUGGCUAUCUUGAGAAAGCUUUUAACUUUAUCAUUAAAAUGCCAAUUCAACCUGCAGUGAUUCUAUGGAUGUGCUUGCUAGGUGCUUGUAAAUUGCAUAAGGAUAUAAGGCUAGGAUUAUUUACAGCAACUCUUGUUUUUGAGCUGGAUCCUAAAAAUGCUGCACCUUAUGUUCUUCUGUCAGACAUCUAUGCAAAAGGGGACAGGUGGGAUGACGUUCAAAAGAUAAGGAAAUUGAUAAAAGAUAAAGACAUUAAAAAGAUACCUGGAUGUAGUUGGAUUGAAGUCCAUAAAUCGGUACAUGCUUUUUGUGCAGGAGACAGAUCACACCCACAAACACGGGAGAUCUAUGCAGAGUUAGAGAAAUUGUCUUUGGCCAUGAAGGCAGGAGGCUAUUUUCCAGAUUCAAGACAUGUUCUGAAUGAUGUGGAGGAGGAAGAAGGAGAAAUGUUCCUCUGUCACCAUAGUGAGAAGUUGGCAAUUGCAUUUGGGCUGCUCAAUACAUCCCCUGGAACAACUAUUAGAGUUGUCAAGAACCUUCGGGUGUGUAUUGAUUGCCACACUGCAACCAAGUUUAUAUCCAAGGUUGUUGCGAGAGAAAUUAUUGUGAGAGAUGCAAACCGGUUCCAUCAUUUCACACAUGGGCAAUGUUCUUGUGGAGAUUACUGGUGAUGUGAACCUGUUCCGUCAUUUAAAUCAAGGACAAUGCUUUUAUAGCGAUUGUUCAUGAUGCUAAGUGAACCAAGCUGUAAAUACAGGAUUGCCCUAUAACAAGGUGCAUGUCUAAGUCUUGCAGUGAGAAGAAGGAACCAAGUUAUAAUUUUAGAUUUAAAAAGUAUUCUUUUGUGUAUCUGGAGAGCUAGACCAUGCUGUUAAUUGUACAUAUAUACUGAUGGGAUAUUUGUGAAAUCCCCGUUUUAUAUCUCCAUGGAGGUGUGAAGAUAUUGUGAUUCAACUGUUUGUCGGGAAGCCUGUACAUUUCUAGAAUAAAAUGCUAGAAGCCUAGAAAAGGGAGUACUGAAUGGGAAAAGGAGGAGAGGAAAACUUGAAGGAAACAGAGAGCUGCUCAUCUAUCAGGAAACGUGAUAGAAGGGUUUACAUUUCUUAAUAGAAUUGUAUUGCAACUUUUCACCUUUUGUAUGAUCCUUUUGUUUGGAUUAAGUUUAUUAUGAUGUGCCUGCAUCAGGUCUGCCAUUUGCAGU